GAUUGAUGGUUGAGGGUAUGACAGAUGAAACCAGACAUUCAUUUCUCAUAUCCCUGCAUAGCAACCCGGGAAGUUCAUAAUAUAACCGCGAUGUCCUGCAAGCGCGGGUAGAUAUUAGACGUUAUUUGAAUGCCCGGGACACAAAUGGAGCUGGUCUCCUAGGAGACUUGUGGUAGAUAACUUAACAGUACAAACAUAGACACUUUGCGGAGAUAGAGCAAAAGAGAAAGAAAACAAAAAACAGGAAGCGUUUUAUAAAACAUACACUACCAGGAAGUGAACCUGGUCGCUGUACAGGACGUUACCUGCCGCGACACCACAGCGACAGAUGUAACCUAGCACCUUACAUCAAGACCAUUUUACAUCCCACCGAUUGUACAUUUCAUUUCAUUAUUGAGACGUAAACCACCGAUUAUACUGAAUGGCGAAUGGACUUACUGAAGAACUUUUACAAAGCAUGGCGCCGAUCAGGCGAGAUUCCAAGGAAUACAGCUCACAUAAAAUCGUAGAACGCAGGCGCAGACACCGAAUCAAUUCUUGUAUCAGCGAGCUCAGUCACGUGAUUCCUUCAUCGUUUGUCAGAUCGAAACACAGCAGUAAUACUGGUAAACUGGAGAAAGCGGAAGUGCUGGAGUUGGCAGUUGCAUACAUCCAUGAAAUACAACGAACGGGGAAAGAUAUAUCACUAGACACGAAGAAAGACGACAGAGUAGAUGCCAACGAUAACGAUGUAGACGAUGUAACAGAACUCGAAGAAAUUGGUAAGCGGCGAUUCGAAGAUGGUUACAAAGCCUGCAUGAAAGAAAUUGCUCGUUAUUUAGCGGAGGUAGAAGCCAUGGCUCCACAGGACAUCCGAUUCCUUCGUCUGUUAUGUCACUUACAGAACCAGAAUUUCGAAGAUGUCUUUAAAAAGGAAAAGUCGAAUCUUAAGCCACUGGUGAAACCUAUACGUCUUCUACCAAAGAUAGGAAUUACAAGAUUUGAGAAAUCGCUCAAUGGUCACUCGGAAGUAGCGUUACAUCAUGGGCGUUAUGACAGAAGUCCAAUCAGCAGUCCGGACACUCCGAGUUCUGAUUUUGAAACGCCCUCAAGCGAACCUCCACCGCUGAACUCACCUCCUGUGCGAGACAGGCAAGUCACAACGCAUUUCCUCGCGAAACAGGAGCCGUCAGAUCCACCGCCAUGCGAAGCCAAACGGAAAAGAACCUCAUCAGGGGAACUCAAAGUCGUAAAUGUUUCUAGUUUGACAAGAUUUGCCUCGCCGAGCCCAUCACCGACAAGAACGACAGCGACCUCAACGAUGGUGAAUGGUUCAAACUCGGGAAGAAUCGCGUUAAGCCCGAACGGCCAAACGUCGAACACGUGUACAUCGGCGAAUUCACCAACGGCUGUCUCAUCCACUAAUGGCAAUACGUCAGAAGACGGUCGACGCCAGCAACCAACAACGUUAUUACCAGUCAAUGUACAAACAACACCUAUGGGCGCGAACGGAAUCCAGACUGCCAUAAACUCGCCAGUAACUGCCAACGGAAUUGCUACAAACCCAUCGCCACAAUUCCUAACGAUUCUACCACAUCCAUUCCAGCAUCCACCGGCUACUAAAGUCCUGACGGGUUCUAAAAUCGUACUAGACCCAGUCACCGGGCAAUACUUUCUCCUGCCACCGACACAGUGCAUUCAGCUUCCAACACAUGUCCACGUUGCACCCCAGGGGGCUAAUCACAUACUGCUAAACCACCCCACUGCUCCUGGCCACAUCUUUCCACCUCCACCGCCAUUUAAUCACGUGAUUACAGCUAGUGGUCAUCUGCUGUCCACAUCGACCAAUCAUAUUGCGUCAAACGGCAUGCUGCAAUCACAGUGUCCCAACACUCUUUUAGCAGUGGCGCCCACAACGAGCAGUGCGGCAACGAUUAACGUUCCACAGAGCGAAUCAGUAUAUUCCAAGUUCUUAAACUAUGGGGGCCAUAGCCCGAAUUCGUCUUCACAGGAAUCUUCAUAUACGACCUCACCCACUACCACUGUUUCCAGUUCGUACUGCAGCAGAAUUCUUCCCGGACCGCCACUCAGCCCGACCAUCAACCCAAUACAGGCAUUAGAGAACAUUGCAAAGAAAGACCCGCGCUAA